AUGGAUGGAAUUAUGUUUGGAGGGAUUUCAGAUGAGAUGGUCCAACAUUUUGUUAGACAAAUGCAAUCUGAGUUUGAAAUGAGUUUGGAAGGAGAACUGACAUACUUCCUUGGGCUCAAAGUCAAACAGAUGGAAGACUCUAUCUUUCUGUGUCAAAGAAAAUAUGUUAGGAGUAUUGUGAAUAAAUUUGGAUUAGAGAAUACUAGUCACAAAAGAACUCUUGCACCUACCCACUUGAAUUUAUCUAAAGAUGAAAAAGGCUUAAGUUUUGACCAGAGCUUAUAUAGAAGUAUGAUUGGAAGCCUUCUAUAUCUUACAGCAAGCAGACCAGAUAUAACUUUUAUUGUUGGUGUGUGUGAUAGAUAUCAAGCUGAACCCAAAGUAAGUCUCAUCAAUCAAGUAAAGAGGAUUCUAAAGUAUGUGAAUGGCACAAGUGAGUAUGGAAUGUUGUACUUCCAUGAUUCAAAUUCUAUGUUAGUUGGAUAUUAUGAUGCUGAUUGGGCUAGUAGUGUUGAUGAUAGUGAAAUUCUGGUGUAG